CUGCUCAAUUUCCGUGCUCAAAGCAAGAAAAGAAGCUAGUAAAGAAGAGUCUUCUACUUGCCAUCGGCAGACCGACACAUGGGAUUGCGCAUGAAUGCUAAAUUUUAGAUGUUCGGAUUGUAGUACUUUUCGCAAUGGAAGACUCGAUGGCCUUAGAAAAUACCCUCCAUACAGACUCAAACUACCAAGUAACAGAUAGUGUAACAAUUAAGGAGGAGUUGGAUAAUAACAUAGUUAUAGAAGAACACAAUGUAGAACUACAAUUAAAAAUGGAAAAGGAAGAUCCCUAUCAAAAUAUCCAACUAGAAAUAAAGCAAGAACCAGAACCAGUUAAUUUCAGGAAAUAUAUAGAGAGUAAGAUACUAGAAGAGUUUAAAGUACAAAGUGAAGUAGAUUCAAUACUGCCUAUAAUAGAUCCGGAAGAAGAAGAAAAGGUGAAGCAAGAAUGUUUGGCUGAUGAUGCUAUGAUAUCAUAUGAUUUCCCAAAUUUUGAUGAUGGGAGUGUCGGGGCUCGGAGUAUGGAGACAGGGAGUAUGGACAGCAAUGAUGCGACUGCUCUUGGGAAUGUGGAAACGUGUCUGCAGGAGGAUGGGGUCAGUGUUAAAUACGAAAAUGAUGAAUAUGAUGACCCUCGCAUAAACGUGAAAGAAGAAAGAGAUUUGACAGUAACAGAAACACAUCUAAUCUCAAAUAAAGUGUUCAACACAACCUCAACUAUCACCAACCCGCAGGACGGGCUUAUACAAUCACAGACCACCAAAACACUAGUCAUGGAAAUACACCCCAUGUCACAUAGUGGCAGUGUCCCACUAUCUAAGAUAGGGAAUCCGGAAGAAAUCCUACCCACCAAUGAAAUAGAAUAUGACGACUUCCAACUAAACUCUAUCACAGGAAAUGAAUUAACGCUAGAGCAAGAGGCUUAUGGACUUUUAAAGGCGAAGAAGAAAAAGACUGAUCCAGAAAAGACACACCAAUGUCCUAAGUGUGUGAAUAGGUACCGUAGUGCAGCGUCCCUUAAAACCCAUCUGUCAGUGCAUGCCAGUAUAGAAAAUCGCGCUAAAGGUGUCAUUCAAGGGCAGAAAACUAGACGUUUGAAUAGAUUAAAAGCGGAAAGACAAUACAGAAGAGAACUAAAAAAAGAGAUGAAACAGCAGGAACAAUAUCUUAAGACUAAGAUAGAAAAGAAAAAAAUGAAAAAGAAACCUGCAGAACCAGUUAAGAAGGAAGGCUAUGAAUGCACUUGCGGAAAGGUGUUCAGAAGACGAAGCCGCAUGGAAACUUGUUUAAGAUCACAUAACUUGUUUGCUGAAGAAAAAACAUACCCUUGCCAUACAUGUGCAAAGAAUUUCAAAGACAAAGCAGAACUAACGCUGCACAGAAGACGAUUCCACACUAAGAAAAAGUUCCCAUGUAAAUUCUGCCCCACAGACUACAACACGCCUAAAGAGCUCUUCAGGCAUUUACAAAUACAUCAGAAAGUUCAGUUAAUGGAAUACAAAGUUAUUUCAGAAAUUGUUAAAGGAAAAAAGAAGAUGAGGUGUUUUAUGUGUUCUAAAACUUGUACGGAACUUUCAGAGUUGAAGUCCCAUGUCAUGGACGACCAUAAGGAGCCUUACAUUUGUCCGCAUUGCCAGCAAACAUCUAAAAUAAUAGAUUUUGCCAAUCACACAAAAACAUCACAUCCCGAGGUGGAAGGCCAAUCAGUCUUAGACGUCCUAGAAGCGUUUUCAAAACUAGUACAAGCAUGGAAAUGUGAAGAAUGUGAACUACAGUUCCACGAGGCAGACAAACUAGCAAGGCAUCAGAUAGAGAAGCACAGUCGGGAAGUCAAAUCAGAGCUACAAUUCCAAUGUACAGAUUGUCAAAGAGUUUUCAUCACACAGAAAGGUCUCACAUCACAUAGAAGAGUACAUCACAGCACAGAAGCACCUGAAGUCAGUGACAUUAUCGAAAAGGGAAUAAUGUGUUUAGAAUGUAGGAAAAUAUGCAAAGAUAUGAACGCUUUAACUUCACACAUGAGGUUGCAUUCUCCGGAUAGAAAGUAUCCAUGCAAAUUUUGUGAUUUUCGCUUCGCAACUCCUGAGAAAAGGAAAACGCAUGCUGAAAUUCAUACAGGUGAUAUGAAAUAUGUUUGUUUUAUUUGUGAAUAUCAGUGUACAUCGGAAAAUAGGCUUAAACAGCACAAAUUAUCAGCGAAGCAUUCGAAUAUGAAGGAAUAUUUAUUAACCGGUAAAAUUCAUAAUGAGUCCACAUCUAAGCAAGAUGAAAUCAAAGCGUCUCAAACGAAAAGUGUUAAGAAAAAGAAGAAAGAAGGUACAGAGGAGAUAGAAGCGACAUGUGAAGUGUGCGGGGAGAAGUUCCCAAGUGAAGAGACAAUGUUGGAACAUAAACAGACACAUCCUUUCAUCGAGUUCCCUAAUGAAGAUACGCCUAGUAGGAUAUUCUUUAAGUAGCCUAAGCUUGCCUGCUUGUUAUUUAGUACUGCCGUGUUGAACUAAAAGGCUACAAACACUAAUCUAUGAUUAUUUAUUCUACAAGAAAAAAUAACAUUCUUGAGCUUCAGCAAAUGUUUGUCCCUAUCUAAAUCUUUAAUCUAGUCUUUUAACCAUUAGGCGUCGUCCUAAUACAACGCGACUACGCGAAUAUCGCUAGUUCGCACGAAUUUUACUCGCGAGAACGCGGGAUCAAAUAUAUUGAACUCAAGUAGGUGUCCUAAUUGACAAUCGCGCGACCAAUUAGAACAUCCUAUUAGAGUACAAUAUGUUUGAUCGCGCGUUCGCCGGAGUAAAAUUCGCGCGAACUUGCGAUAGUCGCGUUGUAUUAGGACGACCCCUCAUAGGUCUAAAUUGCAAUAACAUGACAUUUUGGAACUCUCCAUUUACAAAGGAGAUAACAUUGUCACUUACUGGCCAAUAGCUGUCAUUCGCGCGUUUAAUUCGCUCAGACUUGUCCGCACAAUUUUUAGUGCAAACGAGACGCCCGCGCGAAUGACAGCUUAUUACUCUCAGCUCAUAUUCAUAUUUGAGGCGAUGACAGAUGUUAAAAAAAUAGCAUUUUUUUGACCUUCAUGACAUUAAAAAACUAAUUUUUUUAUUCCUUGAUCUCAGUGAAAGAUAUAAACAUUGGAAACAAAAUUUAUUUGACCUUUAAUUGUUGAGCAAAUUGAUUAGCUACAGAUUUAUAGCCGUUUUAGUUCUACACGGGAGGAUGCCACGGGUUUAAGAAAUUCAACGGUACAGGUCCUAAAUACAAAUUUUAUUACUUAUAUCAAUGGAGUAAGGUGUAUUUUCGUAU